UAUUCAAGAAAGAUAUACUCUAGUUUAUAUUAGUGUUAAUUCGGUAUACAAGAAACUUGAUAGUUCUCUAAUAUGUCGAAUCUCCAUAAAUUGUGAUUUAUUGGGGAUGAGAAAUCCUUGAGAGUGUAAUAGAUUGGAAGGGGUCAUGGAUUGUUGGUGAAUAUAUAACUUUUAAUUUAAUUUAAUUCAUACCUCUAUAGCUUAAUUCAAUAUCUUCUCUUUUUUGCUUACUUAUUUUGACAGGUGUGGGAGAUAGUAUAUUGAAAGGCUAGUCCAAUCAAAGAGAUAACAAAAGUUAGGCAAUUAAAAGACUAUAAAAGUGAUGCUACAUGGUUGUGUUUUACACCCAACUCAAAACAAAUAAUUAUACUAUAUAUUAAAAUUAUCUACGCUACAGAAAGAUAAUUACACUAUAUAUUAAAAUUAUCUACGCUACAGAAAGUGGCUAAAGGAUUGACAUACAUGGUCCUUCAAUUAAUUAAUAUAUAUACAAUAAAAAUGUCUAAAGUUAGGGUCAUGUUUUGCCUUUUUGCCAUUUUAUAUGUACAGGUGUUGUUUUUUUUCACUGCUCAAACGUUGGAUACAUGUUUUUUCCUCCACUUUGUCUCUCCCUGUUCCAUCUGUUUUCCACCGCCAACAGAAGGGGUAAGUCUCAUCACUUCUACCGAUCUACCUCAUUUUUCCGACUACAUGUGACACUCCAGUGCUUUCUCGGUCAUUCAGCUAUGAUUCCACCGCCUUGGCCUUGCUCCAAGUCAUUGUCGAUAUUCUCCGAUCCAUGUCUUCCAAUUUCUUUUUUUUUUCUAGAUCCCUCCACCGCCUAAACCUCCUACCUACCUACGUCUUUCCAUUUCAUCUGCAACCUCACCAACAAACCAGAAUAACAAGAUAGACAAAAUCAAACUUCGAAAAACAUACCUGAAUUGCAAACCGGAGGUUGUCAAACGACGAUGGCGUGAUGGUUAGGGUCCGAUGGUGUGCGACACAUACGGGAGAGAGAACGGAAACAGGAAAAUCAGAGGGAUGCUUUGAAGGUAGAUCCAGACGGAGGUGUUGUGGUGUUUGAGGGGUACGGGGAAGAAAGAGGAAAUGGGAGAAUAGAAGUGAGGGUGGAAGGUGAUGUUAUGGUCGGACGGUAGUUGUUGCGGUGGGUAUCACCGACAGACGGAAGCUGCAGCGGCAAGGGUAAAUUUAGGGAGGGGAUAAGUUGGAUUCAUGGUUAUUUGUUGUGAUUUUCUUUCUACCCCAAUCGAUAGAAACUUGGUGGCCACCAUGUCGCUGCUCAGCCUCCUUCCUAACGGUCGUUGAUGAAGUUAAGCAAUUCUUCGGAUUACUUCCUUCUUCUUUACUCACCCAAUCAAGGUAAUUGAAAGGUCGUUGUUCAGACCUCCACCCCCAAUCCCAAACACAUUCUCCGCUGAUGCAAUCUGCAACCCAAAGAUCCACUUUAAUUUUUUUCAAUUCAAUUGAUAUAACCAUAUUUACAACAAUAGAAAUCGCUACCACACUCCAAACACAGACUGUAUGCAGCAAAGCAAGAAGACAUUAACCAUAUUUUCAAACACAAACACAAUCCUGUUUCAAUUUCCAAGGGUAAUUGAUUUACCUGCUGUUCUUACUUUUCAAUUUCCAAGGGUAAUUGAUUUACCUGAAGGUUCUUAUAUGGGUUUGAGUUUAGAUUUCUUUACAUGCAUUGUUUACUUUUGAUUUUAUUUGAGUUUUGUGAAUCCUAAAUAUUGAAUUUUGCAGGCGAUUGAGCUCGAGAAGCACUUGCAAAAGAUGCUGAAAUUCUUGUUGAAAAAACUUAAUUCUCUGAACAUAUCAUAUGUUUCAGCAGAUGAAUCUUCAAGUUUCUUUGAAAAGAGGCGGAUUUCAUCUGUUUGAUCGCCUUCCAGAUCUCAAAAUCAAAUUGCACGAGUUAUGGAUUACAUACAUUUUACAUAUUAAAUGCAUAAAGAAAUUAUUUACAAUUAAGUAAAUUCCUAAAAUCAAUUAAUAAACGUAAGCAGAAACAUUUUGAAACUUCUUAAGCUUCAUCACUAUUAACAUUAUCUUUUUUAUCUGGAUCAACUUUUAUUGCAAUUUGGCUAGUUGCUUUAGGUUAUGUUUUGAGUGUAUCCAUAUUUGUAUUGCAGAGCAAAUAAUGUUGAUGAACUGGAAGGAAAAUUCUUAUCAUGCUAAAUGAAUUAAAAAAAAUUACUAAACUACCCUUAUUACCCCUAAUACCCUUACAAUGCUUUCUUAUUAUAUUUUUAGGGUGAUAGUGAUACUAGCUACAAGAAUAAAAAAUUGAGGCUAAAAUAUUUCCCCCAAAAUUACCAAUGAUACCCCUUGAUUGAGUGAUGAAAGUUUCACCUUUGUCACCGGUUGCCGGCUACCUGACCGCCAUCUUCUUUGUGGCCCCGACAACAACCAAAUCUUGCUUUCAAAUCCCCAAUAUAUGGAGCAGAUUGUGAGUCAAAACCCUCAGCUUCGCACUAUGUGCGAUUCUAACCCUCAGUUGAGGGAGAUGAUGCAGAAUCCAGAAGUGCUUCGUCAGUUAACUUCACCUCGAAUGAUGCAGCAAAUGAUGUCUUUACAGCAGCUUCUACCUCAGCUUAAUCAACAACAAUCAACUUUGAAUCCCACUCAGACUCGUGCUUCUCUAGGAUCACAAAACAAUAUGGGAUUCGACAUGUUGAUGAGUAUCUUUGGUGGACUUGGAGCUGGUGGCAUGGGAGUCCCAAAUGUCCCUGAUGUGGCACCAGAGUAGCUUUUUGCAACUCAACUGUCUCAACUUCAGGAGAUGGGGUUCUUUGAUGUGCAGGAAAAUAUUAGGGUUUUACGUGCUACUUCUGGCAAUGUUCAUGCUGCCAUUGAGAGACUUUUGGGGAAACUUUGGUCCAUGAUGGUGAUGAUGUGGCAUUCUUUUUGUUUUAUUUAAGAAUGACCUGUUGGCAUGUAAUGUUAGUUGGUUUUUUCUUUAAAGUAUUCAAAUCGUUAUCAAA